CUUCUUUUAGACCAAAGGAAGUCCAGCGAGUGGUUUUGUUCUCCCCCAGGGGUUCGUACCGGGUCAGGCGUUUGGUUUAACAGACUGUAGGAAGCUACGACUGACCGAUGUGGCGGGUUCGAGGCUAGUUCGUCUGGUGCGACUGCGAAAUCUCUGGCCGUCGGCUCGAGUGGGUUGGGUCGGAGCUUGGUCCGAGGGAUCAUCGGAAUGGAUUUCACUACCACCUGAAGACCGAAUUAAAGUUGGACUUGUCAAAGGGGAGGGAGAAUUCUGGAUGUCUAUGGAAGACUUUCUCGCAAAUUUCGACUACCUCGAUAUAUGCCAUUCUCCAAGCAAUGAGCACACUAUCAGUGGAUCCAAUACCCUUUCUCUGACAAAUCACACAUCAGGAGGAUCAGAGAGUAAAGUCACCCGGGCUUUGCCGAGUUUCUUCGGCCGGUGGGUGCGAGGAGUGACUGCUGGUGGACGUCCAUUUGUCCGAGCUAGCCACUGGGCGAACCCUCAAUAUGUUGUUCGGAUUCCAACUCCUGAUAUGGGAGAUCCUGAAGGCUUAGCCGCUUUGGUGGUUGCGCUUCUUCAAGCAGACUCCAGACCAUUAAGACAUCGUGCCCCACUACUUCUCUCCAUUGGUUUUGUAUUGUACAGACUUCCACCUGGAUCGAAUCCCCCAAUGACCCGACAUUUCUUUGAGACCAACAACCACGUAGCAAGUGUCGACUUCUUCUAUGAUUCGCGAGAAGUUGUGAAACGAUUCCGACUCGUUCCAGGCGUCUAUCUCCUUAUCCCCUGCACCUAUGCCGCUGACAAACCAGGCGAAUUCCUUCUUCGAGUCCUCUUUGAACAAGCUGAUCGAACGUUAGAAUGUGCUCAGGGACAGAUAGAUGCGGGAAGUAUAAUGCCACAAGCACUCUCGGAUCCAGAUCCGCAGUUUGAAGCGAUCACUCCGCGAAUUCGACGGCUUUUCUAUGAGGCCGGGGGAGAUUCUAUGGCUGUUGAUGCCUUCCAGUUGGAUUCGAUACUCAAUACAAUACUCAAAGAGGAUCAUCGUUUGCCCUACACUAUGUUAACAACGGACGCCUGUCGAGCAUUAAUAUCAAUGCAAAAUGACCACUACACAGGUAAGUUGGUUGAAUCGCAGUUCCAACCCCUCUGGAGUCUCCUACGAUGCUGGUCACGCAUGUUCGCCAGUUUCGAUCCUCAGCGAUCGGGAUUCAUCACCUGUCUGGAUUUUCGUAUUCUAAUUGAACAAGUUGGUGAGUUCUAG